GAAGAUUUUCCCCCAUGGCGCCCUCACCCCUGUUCCUCCUAGCGUCCGGGCUCUGCUCGUCCUCGGCCAUGGCGGACGCCGUCGCCAUUUUUCCCCUUGGUGCUCACCGGUCGAGUCCCAGCCCCAGCGCCGUGAAACUCCCUGCGCCCCCGUCCUCUUCCCCAGUCGCGAGCUCCUUUUCUCUUCUCCAUGGCGCGCCCAAGCUCCCUCUGCUUUCUUAUCCUCUUUCCAGCGCGCGUAGGCUUCCUCUGGGAUUCUUUGUUUGCCGACUUAAUCUUCCAGCCGAGCGCAGUGCUUCUUCCUCCUCAGCCGUCGCCCAAGUCUUCUUCUUCUACGCGCACAGGGUUCUCCUCUGCGCAUCCUCUGACUCUCCCAGCGCCGUGGCUUCUCUGAGUUCGUCGCUGGAAACGCACCGUCCUCUGCUCGUUCGGUGCCCCUCUCUCCAAGCUUCCAUGGCGCCUUGGAGCCCCAGCUCGGCCGACGGCCGGGAGGACGCGCUGGGUCUCCCUCUGCUCGGUCGUCUCCCUCCUCCCGCUCCAGCUCCCCUGUGUGCCGUGGAUCUCGCGCCCCUGCCCAAGUCCGGCUGCCUGCGCGCUCCUUCUUCCUUUUCCCCUGUCAGCCGCAUCUCCUUCGGGCGUUCCGCGGUAUACUGGCUCACGCAGAUGCUCGAUGCCCAAUCCCUGCGUCGCGUCCAUUCUCUGCUCUUCCUGUUCGCCGGCAGAAGCUCCCAGCCGAGCGUUCCUUCUCUUCGCCGCGCGCCCAGCCGUCGAAGCUCCCUGCCAUCGUCGUUUUCGGCCCUGCCGUUGGUACAACAUCGUUUGCUGUUGCUAGUUGAUGCAACGUUGCCGUCCUUCGACGCCGCGCCGUGAGCAGCGACUUCGUCGAUCCGUCAUUUUGACAGGGUACUUGCGCUGCUCUCCUGUGUAUGUGAUGAUUGGAAAAGGAGUCCCAGCUGAUGAAGGAUUAAGGAACGAAAGCUUUAGUACACCCCGCCUGCCAGCUGAUCGUCGUACAUCCUGAACCAGGGUUUAAUCAUUUUCUUUGUGAAGUUCGAGCCGAUUAUAAUUUUGGAAGGAGAUUGGUGCUGAAGUCGAAGCUAGCAGCCCCUUUAUUCUUCGUCGUCAACCCACGCCGCGUCGCGACAUGCCCGUCGAUCCCGACGAUCUAUCUGCCAGAUGCGUGCCACUUGUGUUGAGCUCCAAAGCCCCUGUCGAGCUCUUCCCCUGAAAGCCGCCUUCGAGCACAAUCCCUGUCAUGUGUUUGAUGGGAAGUCUGAACCAAUGUUCAUCGUCGAUCUACGAUUAUCAAAUCAUUCUGGUCAUAGUAAGUCGAUGAGUUAUUCAGAAU